GGUUUCGCUCACAUUGUGCAAUAAAUUCUUGAUUAUUUCUUACUGUUAUGGUAGAGAUUUAUAUCUAAAAACCAAAAUUAUAUCCCUUUGAACCCUAUAAAAAGUUAUUGUGUGUCAAGUCCGUACAAAAACACAAAAAUGAGGCUAGUAGACUCGACGAAGUUGUUGGAACUUCAAAACAAACCCACAAAAAUUCGUAAUAUUUGCAUCGUGGCCCACGUGGAUCACGGGAAAACUACUUUGGCAGACUCUUUGAUAUCUAGCAAUGGUAUCAUAUCGCAGAGGAUGUCAGGCAAGCUUCGAUACUUGGACAGCAGGCCCGAUGAACAGGAGAGGGGUAUAACUAUGAAAAGUAGCAGUAUUGCCUUGUAUCAUGCUCUGGAUAAGGAGGAGUACCUUGUAAACCUCAUAGACUCUCCAGGGCAUAUUGAUUUCUCAAGUGAAGUGUCUACUGCAGUGAGAUUAUGCGAUGGAGCCAUAGUAGUUGUGGAUGUUGUAGAAGGUGUAUGCCCUCAAACAAGGCUUGCAUUAAAGCAGGCAUACUCUGAGAAUAUCCGGGCAGUUCUGGUACUAAACAAAAUUGAUCGCCUCAUAGUAGAGAUGAAGAUGACAGCCCUUGAUGCCUAUGUCCAUAUAACCCAGGUAAUGGAACAGGUCAAUGCUGUAAUGGGAGAGCUGUUUGCCUCUGAGGUGUUGGAAAAUGAGGAGACUUUGAUUGAUAAACAGCCUGAAAAACCCAGGCCUAAAGAAGACAAUAACUUCUAUGACUGGACCUCUGCUCUUGAAGAUGCUGAUGAUUCUCAGUUAUAUUUCUCACCAGAACAAGGGAAUGUGGUAUUUGCUAGUGCUAUUGACGGAUGGGGAUUUACUGUUCAUACGUUUGCUAAACUUUUUUCAGACAAGCUUGGUGUAAAAGAAGACUUAUUAAAAAAAGUUCUCUGGGGUGAUUUCUAUUUAAAUUCAAAAACUAAACGCUUUAUGAAAGGUGCACAAGAGAAAGCAAAAAAGCCCCUCUUUGUUCAAGUCAUAUUUGACAACCUCUGGAAUAUUUAUGAAACAAUCAUUCUAAGGAAUGACAAAGAUAAAGUGCCAGUGAUUUGUGAGAAGCUUGGUAUUAAACUAACAACUCGAGAUUUGAGGCAUACAGACAGCAGAAUACAAUUGCAGUCACUGAUGAUGCAAUGGCUACCGUUAUCAAAUACAGUAUUAGAUAUGGUCUGUACAAAACUGCCUUCGCCAAAAGAGAUUUUGCCAGAAAAGGUGGAAAAGUUGAUGUGCUCACGCAUUCGCGAUUUCGAUUCUUAUCACGAAGAAACAAGAAAACUUAAAGAUGACUUCCUAGCCUGUGAUAGUAGUAACGAUAGACCUGUGAUUAUUUUUAUAUCUAAAAUGUUUAGCGUCGAUAAAAGUGCUCUGCCUGAAAACAAACCAAAAACAUUAACGACAGAAGAAAUGGCUCUUAGAAGAGAAAAGGCCAGGCAAAUGCGCGAAGAACUUAAGAGUAAUGUUAAUUCUGAAUCUGUGGCAAAGGAAAAAGAAUCUGAAACAGAUUCAAAUAAUGCAGAAAAAUGUGCAGAAGAUGAAAAAGAAAAAGAAGAAGAAAACCAAACUGCAUUUAUAGCUUUUGCUAGAAUAUUUAGUGGUAGAGUUAAGAAAGGUGACCAACUUUACGUCCUUGGUCCGAAACAUGAUCCCUCCCAAGUACUUAUUAAAAAGGACCUUCAAAUAGAUCCUAAUAAGAAAUUGAAAGACUUGCAAAGCGACGAACAUAUCACGUGUACCGAAAUAAAAUCGCUUUACAUAUUAAUGGGUAGAGAACUAGAAGCUAUUGAUGAAGCAGUUGCUGGUAGUAUUAUAGGCAUAGGUGGUCUAGAAGAUCACAUUCUGAAAACAGCUACUUUAAGUAGCACUAUAUCAUGUCCAUCGUUUAGUGAGAUACAGUAUGCUGCCGUGCCGAUUCUAAGGGUUGCCGUGGAACCGACAUAUCCGUCACAACUACCUCAGUUAGUUAAAGGUCUUCGACUACUUAAUCAAUCGGAUUCCUGUGUGCAAGUACUGUUACAAGAGACAGGAGAGCACGUUUUGGUGACAGCUGGCGAAGUACAUUUACAAAGAUGUCUUGAAGAUCUCAAGAACUUAUACGGAAAAAUACCGAUAACAGCAUCAGAACCAAUAGUUCCAUUUAGAGAAACGAUAGUAGAACCGCCAAAACUAGAUAUGGCUAAUGAAGAAAUUGACUCACAAAACAUUGAUAAAGCCAACGAAACAGUUAAAGAACCAUUGAUAACAGUACAUACUAUUAAUAAACAAAGUACUAUAAAAAUACGAGCAAGACCUUUGCCAAACGAAAUUACUUUAUUAUUAGACAGGUCCUCAGAUCUAUUGAAAGCUAUAUCGCAACACAUAAAAUUUUUACAAGGAAUAUCUAAAAACGAUAAAUUAGAUAGCAAAUUAGACGAAUUGCAAAUAAAUGGAAAAAAUCAACUCUCAGAUAGAAUGUUGAAACUUAUAGAGGCAUUUAAGUUGGAGUUGCAAAAUAUUUGCUCGAAAUUAGGGUCGGAAUGGAAGGAUGUGGUUAGGCAAAUUUGGUCAGUGGGCCCUAGGAAUUGUGGUCCAAAUUUGCUUUUAAACCAAACACCAGAUUACGCGACUAAGUUCCUUCUUCACGAGAAAGAGUUGAAGGAAGACCCUAGGUUUGAAUACGAGAGUAGUUUCGUGAAUGGCUUCCAAUUGGCUUCGCUUUCGGGACCACUUUGUGAUGAGCCUAUGAUGGGUGUCGCGUUUUGUGUUGAAGAAUGGACUUUAGAUAAAGGCGAAGAAGAUACAACUUACACGUACGGACCUUUGUCAGGCCAAAUAAUGUCAGCAGUUAAAGAGGGGUGCAGGAAAGCGUUCGAAGCUCAACCUCAAAGACUAAUGGCGGCAAUGUACUCGUGUGAUAUCGUCGUCGACCAAAAAGUAUUAGGUAAACUGUACGCAGCGCUGGGCAAGCGAGCCGGCAGGGUGGUUGGCAGCGACUUGCAGAGCGGCUCGGCGUCAUUCCGCGUCCGGGCGCUAAUGCCCGUCGCCGAAAGCUUCAAGUUCGCGCUCGAACUGCGCACGCACACGUCCGGCCUCGCUGCGCCGCAGAUGAUGUUCAGUCACUGGGAGGUAAUCGACAUCGAUCCAUUCUGGAGACCGCGAACAGAAGAGGAGUAUCUGCACUGGGGUGAGAAGUGGGACGGUGUGAACCGAGCCAAAGCCUACAUGGAUGCUGUCAGGACAAGGAAGGGCCUGGCUACUGACAAACACCUGGUGCAGCAUGGGGAGAAGCAGAGGACCUUGUCUAAGAAGAAAUAAAUAAUGGUUAUCAUGCUUAGCACCAUUGUUGGACUUCGAGACUCAUGCUUCAGGCCAUAAGUCCGUAUUAUGGUGAUAUUUAAACUGAUUGAAUUUUCUAACCCAAAUAGAAUGUUUAACAAUGAUUGGUAGUCGAGCUAGUACAAUCAAAGCUCUUUGGACCUUUCAUAAAAGGUUUGUCAAUUUUCAAAAUCUCAGGCCGACAAUAUGUGCGUCAGAAACUGCGGUUAGGAGUAUUUGGAUUUAAAUGGAAUAAAAUCACGCCCUGAGGUUGAUCAAGUCCGCACCUUUUGUGCGGAUAGCAAAAAGUCGGAUGUUCUCCUUUUGUUUUUUUAUAAUGUUUGUAACUAUCAACCAAUUAGGACCAAAAUAUUUAAAAAAUUCCAUAUUUAUUUCCGUUUCUUUGACGAUUCGCUAGGUGCUGUUUUAUUUUAGAAGUUCCCAUUUAAAUUUUCUUUUACUUUGGCUCUGGUUUUUUCGUAAAUUAGUCAGUAACUAUAGUCACUUUAUAACAAAGAAGGUUAUAAUAUGGAUAAAAAAGUAGUCAAAAGUCAAAAAUAUCUUUAUUCAAGUAUCUUUAUCUUUA